AGAUCUGUGGACCCGCCCAUGUAUCACCACAGGCUCUGGAUGUCGUGAUGCUAACACAUGCUGAUGAUUGAACCUUGCUGUUUGGAUUCCCUGUCCCCAGUCCUGACUAUAUCCGUACCUGUACCCUGACUUCCUUCCCUUUUCCCUCUUUUUCUCCCUCCUUCCUUUCUUUUCUUGGUUUUUCAAGACAGGGUUUCUCUGUAGCCCUGGCUGUCCUGGAACUUGGUUGUCCUUUAUAGACCUUGCAGACUCAAGUUCUUCCUCACUUCCUUUCUGAACAGAGGUUUUCAGAUCAUUUUCUAGAAGCCUGUGUAGGUGCGUGGAGCACAGUCUGUGUGCAGGUAUUUGAUGCACACUCUGCUUUGGGAAUGUGCUUUGUCUCAUUCAUUCAAAACUGAGUUGUCUUCCUCUCCUCCUCUCCCUCCAGACAGUUUAUGUAGUUCAACUUGGUCUCAAACUUAGGGUCUACUGCCUCAGCAGCUCAAGUGCCGAAAUUACAGACUCAUCACCACACCUGAUAUAACCCAGUUUACAAACUAAGGAGGGUCUUUCUUUGUAGCUCUGGCUGUCGUGGAACUUGCUGUGUGGAUCCUCCUGCCUCUGCCACUGCCUCCUGAGUGCGAGGCUUAAAGUCAUGCACCUUCUGCUCACUCUCCCUGAUUAACUUUCCUGAUUGUACAGCUUCUCAGACUGAGUUUUGCUUAUCCUCCAGGUUGAGAUUGGAUGCUCCAGACCUUGUAUGACUACUUCUGGUGGGAGCGACUAUGGCUGCCUGUGAACUUAACCUGGGCUGAUCUAGAAGACAAAGAUGGACGUAUCUAUGCCAAAGCCUCAGACCUCUACAUCACACUACCCCUGGCCCUGCUCUUUCUCAUCAUUCGAUACUUCUUUGAGCUUUAUGUGGCUACACCUCUGGCUGCCCUCCUGAAUGUUAAGGAGAAAACCCGACUGCGGGCACCUCCCAAUGCCACCUUAGAGCACUUCUACCUGACCAGCGGCAAGCAGCCCAAGCAGGUGGAGGUAGACCUUUUGUCUCGGCAGAGUGGGCUCUCUGGACGCCAGGUAGAACGCUGGUUCCGCCGCCGCCGCAACCAGGACAGGCCCAGUCUUCUCAAGAAGUUCCGAGAAUCCAGCUGGAGAUUCACGUAUUACCUAAUUGCCUUUGUUGCUGGCAUGGCUGUCACUGUGGAUAAACCCUGGUUCUAUGACUUGAGGAAAGUUUGGGAGGGAUAUCCCAUACAGAGCAUCAUCCCUUCUCAGUAUUGGUACUACAUGAUUGAACUUUCCUUCUACUGGUCCCUGCUCUUCAGCAUUGCCUCUGAUGUCAAGCGAAAGGAUUUUACGGAACAGAUCAUCCACCAUGUGGCCACCAUCAUUCUCCUCUGCUUCUCCUGGUUUGCCAAUUACGUCCGGGCAGGGACCCUCAUCAUGGCUCUGCAUGACUCUUCGGACUACCUGCUGGAGUCUGCCAAGAUGUUUAACUACGCAGGAUGGAAGAACACCUGCAACAACCUCUUCAUUGUGUUCGCCGUUGUUUUCAUUAUCACUCGGCUGGUUAUCAUGCCUUUCUGGAUCCUACACUGCACAAUGAUAUACCCACUGGAGCUCUACCCUGCCUUCUUUGGCUAUUACUUCUUCAAUUCCAUGAUGGUAGUGCUGCAGAUGCUCCAUAUCUUCUGGGCCUACUUCAUUCUGCGCAUGGCCCACAAGUUCAUAACUGGAAAGGUGGUAGAAGAUGAACGCAGCGACAGAGAAGAAACGGAGAGUUCAGAGGGGGAGGAGGCUGCAGCUGGGGUAGGAGCAAAGGGCCGGCCCCUAGCUAAUGGCCACCCCAUCCUCAAUAACAAUCAUCCUAAGAAUGACUGAACCAUUGUCCUAGCUGCCUCCCACAUCAAUACAUAAGGCCAAGAAACUAGCCAAGCUUCCCUUUAGGGGCAUUUGAGCUACGGAGAGAAAGGAUAUGAGGAGGAGUCUACACUGACCUUCCUUUUAUUUUUUUCACCCAGUUGCCUUUAAACCAGACUCUAAACAGCCUAUCUCUAGGCAGAAAGGAGGCUUGGCCACAUCCUGAGAGACAGGAUGGUCUCAUUUCCCUCUCUACCUUCCAAGCUGUUCUCUUACUAACCCUUCUUCAGCUCUGAGGGUUGGAGUCAUAACUCACAUUCCUCAUUCCUAAGAAUUUGGAGCUAGCUGUUUGCCUUUGACUCCCUGACUUCAAGCCAGGGUUGUGCCUUACUGUCCCUUUUCUGGGCCUCAUUCUGCCAAAGCUGGACCAAGGUUCCACCUUUCUAAGCUCCCUAGCUCAGGCCAAAAAUGAAAGCUGAGCUACUUUUAACUUUUUCUCUUCCUUAAAUUCAAGUCAAUUAAGUGAAGGAGGGUAUACAUACAUACCCCUCACCCUACCCCAGGGACCACGGUUCCUAGGAUCUCACUGCCUCCCUUCUCUGGCUUCCCUUCCUGCUCCCUUCAGCUAAGACAAGCUGGUGUGGAGUAGAGGGGCAACUAGUUCUGUUAUUUAUUGAACAUUUGGGGUUUCAGUUGUAAAGCCAGAACUACAGCUAGGACCUGGCAUUUCGGCGAGGGACCAUUUCAGACCAAAAUGUACUGUUAAUUUUUUUUUUUAAUUAAAGUAUAUUAAAGGUUAAAUAAAACAUGA